CAAUAUGGAUAAAUAUGACGACCUGGGCCUGGAGGCCAGUAAGUUCAUCGAGGACCUGAACAUGUACGAGGCCUCCAAGGAUGGACUCUUCCGGGUGGACAAAGGUGCGAGCAACAACCCUGAGUUUGAGGAAACCCGAAGGGUGUUCGCGACCAAGAUGGCCAAAAUCCACCUCCAGCAACAGCAGCAGCAACAGCAGCUCUUACAGGAGGAGGCCCUGUCUAGGGCUGGCAGAAGCCCUGUCAACGGUGGGAGCCGGCAGGGUGUGAGCAGCAAGCUGACCGCAGAUGGUGCUGCCAAGCCCCCUCUGGCUGCGCCAGCAGUAGCACCUGGAUUAACCACCGCCCCCGUGGCUGUGCCGCCUUCAUACCCAUCUCAGGAGCAGAGGGCCAGGCCAUCUGCCCAUGGUGCAAAGCCUGGCAGUCAGAACUGUGGUUCCAGGGAGGCGCCUGUGAGUUCCCAGAGGCCUGCUUUGCACGGUCUGGGUCCCUGUGAAGACCCUUCCUGCCUCACUCACGGAGAUUAUUAUGACAAUUUCUCCUUGGCAAGCCCACAGUGGGGUGAUAAGCCAGAAGCAGCCUCCAGUAUGAAUCUGAGUGUGAAGAGUGGGUGGCCUGGUUGCCCAGGGAAUGAUUCCCCAUUGCCCAGAUCCUGCGGGGACCAUCACCCUUACCAGCCACAGCUCCCCAUGUGCUCUGGCAGGUCUUUUGAAAGUGGCAUCGGUGGCCAGGAUGGUGGCAUUAGUGGCCACAGCAAUGUGAAGCCAACAGGCCUUUGGUCUACUGCCUCCUCUCAGCGAGUCAACCUCGGCUUUUCCUCUCUGGGCUUAGAGAAUGGGGCCCCUGCUCAACCGAGGAGCACAACAGUUUCGGCACCUCUGGUCCCUAACAGCACUAGCCAAGGAGCUCGUCUGAGAAGAGAUUCAGGUCUGGAAUGUGAGGCUUCAGGCAGGGUCCUCAAACCUGCUGUGGACCCUCAGCCUUGGCUCCAGGAUGGGCCCAAGUCUUACCUCUCUGUUUCCUCUCCAUUAUCCUCAACAACUGUCAAGGACAGUACCCAGCCAGGUAUGACUCCUGGGCUGGGUCCGAAGCCUGGGUGCAUAGACUCUGGCACUGGUCCCAAGCCCAGCCCCACCAGCCUUGUCCAUCCGGUGAUGUCCACUCCAUCUGAGUUAUCUUGUAAAGAGGGUCCUCCCAGCUGGUCCACCGACAGUAGCCUGGGACCUCUGCUCUCAGAGAGUUCCACCCCCACCAAGGUGAGGUUGCCCUGCCAGACCCUCGCACCAAGCCCCGAGCUUGGACCCUCCACGGCUGAAUUGAAACUAGAAGCCCUUACCCAGCGUCUGGAGCAAGAGAUGGACGCUCAUCCCAAAGCUGAUUACUUUGGAGCCUGCGUGAAAUGCGGCAAAGGCGUGUUUGGAGCAGGCCAGGCCUGUCAGGCCAUGGGGGACCUCUACCACGACGCGUGUUUCACCUGUGCAGCCUGCAGCCGGAAGUUAAGAGGAAAAGCCUUCUAUUUUGUCAACGGCAAAGUAUUCUGCGAGGAAGACUUUUUGUACUCUGGCUUUCAGCAGUCUGCCGACAGGUGUUUCCUCUGUGGCCAUCUGAUCAUGGACAUGAUCCUGCAGGCCCUAGGGAAGUCCUAUCACCCUGGCUGUUUCCGCUGUGUCAUCUGUAAUGAGUGUCUGGAUGGGGUGCCUUUCACCGUGGACUCCGAGAACAAGAUCUACUGUGUCCGGGAUUACCACAAGGUGCUGGCCCCAAAGUGCGCAGCCUGUGGGCUUCCCAUCCUUCCACCAGAGGGCUCAGAUGAGACCAUCCGUGUUGUGUCCAUGGACAGAGACUACCACGUGGAGUGCUACCACUGUGAGGACUGUGGUCUAGAGCUCAAUGAUGAGGAUGGACACCGCUGCUACCCGCUGGAGGACCGCCUGUUCUGUCACUCCUGCCAUGUCAAGAGGCUGGAGAAAGGACCCUCACCUGCGGCUGUCCACCAGCACCACUUCUAGCCAGAGACACAGUGGGGAUGCAGGGCCAGGGCUGCCCAGGGAGGGACAGGGGUCGAGUUCCUGUGUGUGUGAAGGGUACCUUUCUUUCAACCACAGCAGUGUGCACUCCCCAUCAAGUCUGUGUGUUUUCCCAGUGCUUCUCCCCGUUGCUGUACCCUCACUAAACCACUCAGGAAGAUGCUCUGCUUGCACGAGGCAUAUGACACAAGGCUGUGCCCGUGUAAACUGGACACAUCCUACUCCCUGGAAAUGGUUCGUGUUUCCUGGGGACAGGCUUUGGAUUGAGCACAUUUCACAGUGUUGCUAGAGAGGCAGUGAUGGGAUGAGCAGCUUUGUAUCCUUGGAGUUAGCUUGGUAAACCAGAGCCAAGCUUUGACAUCCGGGAGGCUGGGUCUCCCCGGUGUGCCUCUGCCUUUCCUCCUACUUCUUAGGCAGCUGAGCUGUGGCAGAAGCCUGCCCUGUCUCACACAGCCAGCUCUGGGAGAACUGGUGCAGGCACCAGCCCCCUGGACACUUCUUGGUGCUGUGUUUACUUCCUCUAGUCUGACAUUGCAGUUGCUGUCUUGAGGUGAGCCUCAGCCUCUCAUGAGCCCCAUAUCCUGGAAGAGAGCUCCUUUUGAAAGGAGGGUUUCGUGUGAGUUCUCAAAGCUAGCACCAGAGGAAGGGAGUGCCUGAGGAUGUUCCUGAGCUUGUUUCAGGGUUCUCUCUCCUGCCCACUUCUCAGCACCUUCAUACGGUUUGAAGAAACCAAUAUAAGGUACACUGCUUUUUACUGUUUUUUCCCCCUUCAUUAUUUCUCUCCACAUUUUUUUUCCACACACAAAACAUACCUCACAGAUAGUUUUCACUAAAUCAUGGAUCUAGGUGGAAUCCGCCCAUCAUAUUGGAGACUGUUGGUGUAUCAGCAGUGGCUGAUUUCCACUCUUUAUUGCAGCUAAGCAGUAUAGUUGCAAAGCAAGGCCUUUCAAGACUAGAUGCAGCUGAAAUCAGCAUGCUGGCUCCUGGGGUAGCCGCGCGAAGAGGGAGACCACACACUGACAAAAUGUUAAGACCACUUCUAGGCUGGAUGUGUGGGCGCCUGUCCUUCCGCCAUUUGGGAGACUGGUUUGUAAAGCAGGAGUUCAAGACUAUCCUCAACACCGGAGGCCCUGGCCCCGCUCAAAAAACUUUAAAGAGAAAAAAUAAAAAUCCACCCAGCACUAAAGAACAUUAUUAACCCUGCCUAUCACUUCCUGCGGCCAGAGGUCAGUUCAAAUGGGAGAAACUGGAAAACCACAAACAAAAUGGUUUUCCAGUUGUCCUUGUAUCUUCACGGAGUGCCCCACAACUCGUGGCAGGAAGGGCUGCAGUAUCUCACAUCUGCCCGUCAGGCUGGGCACCCAGCAGCUGGCGUGGGUGAUGAAGCACGGCCAGUGGAGCCCCGCCAUGGGUGAAUGUGGACUCUUGACUGGGCCCCAGCUCUACACGUAGGCUGUUUCGAUCCUGCUGGCCUCCGUUGCCUGUGAGAAGUUCAAAACUGGCGUGGGCGACCAGGACAAUCUUUAUUUUUUUUUUAUAAGGUUCAUUCUGUUGGUAUCUUUUAGCCAGAUGUUACUUCCUUGUUUCCUGUUCUAGAAAUACCCCCUUUAAAACAAACAAACAACAACAAAAUUAGGAAUAUAUGGGGCUAAGGAGAUAGACCCUGAAGCCAGGCCCCUUUCUUCCCUUCAACUUAUCUAGUUUGUCUUUGGCAAAGCUGGCAGGGAAAGGAAAUGAGCCAGUAUAUCUUUGCCAUCCUUGAGGUGCUGGUUUUGAGUCAACAUGAUUGAGGAAAAUUUCAUUGGAAUCAAUGUCAGAAGUAUAGGGUGUUUGUUGUCAAAUUGAAUAAUCAGUUUAAAACUCUGUGAUUGAUUUUUUAAAUGAAAUUCCUGAUUGAGGUGAUACAGAUGUAUUUGCAAACACAUUUUAUAUUAUUGAAAAAGAACAAUAAAGGAAUUUGCAGACUUUCUAGAAGCCCUAGGAUUGUUUUCUCCAGGGGUCUUUUCUUCGUUGUUUUCUCCAUCUCGGGACAGGAAGAGACGUCCACUUAUCUGGGAUUUAAAAUGUACUGUAAAUUUUGGCCACAUAGAGCUGUAGGGAGAUUAUACUUAUAAGCAUGUAGGAAGAAAACACAGGAACUUGGGAUACUCUGGCUUGAAAGUUAGAGAACUAGCUUUUUCAAGACUCCUGUACAAUGCUUGUACUUUGGAUAAAACUAAGGAGAUGGAGAUUGAUCUCAGCCCCAGGUCUAGAUUCUGCCCUCCCUUUUCUCAUUCUGCCCUUAGGUUUCAGAAGAACCUUCAGCCCUGACUGACUUAUUGGCUACCUGUUAACAGCAUAACAGGGCUUUCCAUUCUCCUGGCUAGUGCCUAAGUGAGCUUCCUCUCAGCUGAGUCCUGUGAGGAUACAAUGCUGAAUCCAGGUGGCGGGCAGAAGGAUCAAAACAUUCAAAAGCAUUCUGAACACCUUAAAAUACUGCCACGGCGUGGUUUGCAUGGCCUUCAGUCACACAAAAUACAAAACAGGAUUGUUGAGAAGAUUCAGAAUCUACAGUCCUUUGCAUGUAUUAGAUACUGUUCUAUAGUACCCUUUUCUCACUCAGUGAAAGUGCUGUCUACCAGAUAGAUUCCUUGCAAACAACACUGUUAGACUUCACUGCAAACUAUGGUUGGUUGUACAAUACAUUUGUAAAAACCCUCAGGACUGAGCGGUGGCGGUAUGCACCUUUAAUCCCAGCACUCCGGAGGCAGAGGAAGGUGAAUUUCUGUGAGUUUGAGGCCAGCCUGGUCUACAGAGUGAGUUCCAGGACAGCCAAGGCUACACAGAGAAACCCUGUCUCAACCAAAACAACAAAAACAACAAAACUAUCUUAGGAGGAGAGAUAACUCAGUAAAGUGUUUUCAUGAAGAGUUGAGGCCAAUUCUCAUAAUUUGUUUAAGAAUGUCAGAUGCAGUGGUGUUCUCUCGUAGUCCCAGUUCUGGGGAGACAAUGACAAGCAGAUAUCUGGGGCUUGAUGGCCUACUAGUCUAGCCCAGUUAGUGAGCCCCAGGCUGAAAGACCUUGCUUGAAAGGAGGUGGAUACUGAGGUUGUCGUUUGGGUUCUACAUGCAUACAGACAUACAUAGCUGCACAUACAUGAAAACUGCCAGGGCUGGGAAGUGGUGGCUCACGCCUUUAAUCCCAGCACUGGGGAGGCAGAGGCAGGUGGAUCUCUAAGUUCGAGGCCAGCCUGGUGUACAGAGUGAGAUCCAGGACGGGAUCCAAACUACUCAGAGAAACCAUGUCUUGAACCCCACUUCCCAAAAAAAGAAAAAAAAAUCUUCCAGAAAAUCAGUUUCUUUUCUUUCUUUCUUUCUUUCUUUCUUUCUUUCUUUCUUUCUUUCUUUCUUUCUUUUUGUAUUUUUCUUGGCUAAGAAUCAGUCCUAAUUUUGUUUUCAGGUAGCCUCUGAAGUAACUUUGUAAUGGAAAAAAUUGUACUAAGUGAUCCUUUGUUCCGUGUAAACAGGCACAUGAUGUGGGAGUGUCAUAUAUCAAUCUGUUGAUUUCAUUGGUUAAGUAAUAAACCAACUGCUUGGCCUCAUAGCUUAGAACAUAGGUGGGUGGAAUAAACAGAAUAGGAUGCUGGGCGGAAGAGGAAGUGAGGUCAGACUCUGCUCUGCUCCCGGAGAGACCCUACAGCUCAGCAGAGACGCCAUGCUCAGCUCUCCUGGGUAGACUCGACAGCUCUGCUCUAGAGCAGAGACACCAGGAUGGACAUAGGCUAGACUCUUCCCGGUAAGCGCACCUUGGGGUGCUUACACACAUCAUUAGAAAUGGGCUAGUCCAGGUGUGAGAAUUGGCCUGUAAGGGCUAGAGUUCAUGGGCCAAGCAGUUCUUUAAAUGAAUAGUUUGUGUGUUGUUAUUUCGGGCUUGAGCUAACCAAGCGGCUGGGGUGUUGGGGGCGCAGCCCCGCCGCUUCAUAUUUCAACAGGCACAGAUAUGGCCAGUCUCGCCAGAAUGUAUGAUGAACUUCUCACUGCAGAAGAGAAAAUAAGGUGGACAGCAACUGACAAGACCACCUGAGGCUGAUCGCUGACUUCACAUGCAUAUGUACAUAUGUGCACAGGCACACCGAAAAAUGCCUAAUUCUGUAUGAACUACUCUCCCGUCUUUCAGUCUCAUUUCAUGUUCACAAAGGCCUUAAUUUAUAAUCCUAGCUGGUAAAGAAAGGCCAGACUUUGAGUCUGUACCUGUUAGAGAGGCUGAGCAGGAGCUCUGCAGGCCAGGGCAGUGGUUGAUCAACUGGAAGGAUUCUUUCUAAAGCCUUAUGAAGCAGGAUACAAACUAAAUUCCCAUUUUAUUAAAAGAGAGGAAAUGACCAGUGAGCCCAGAGCUGGUGAGUUGAGGGAUAAUCAGGGAUGGAAAUAAGGUGACAUACUGAACAGCUGUGACCUCGGACCUCUGGGGGUUCACUCAGCUCUUGCUUAGCUGGCUUUGGAAUCAAGAGCUCAUGACCUUAAGUUUAGUUUCUUUUUCUGGAAAAAUAGGGUAACACUGUAGGUGUCGACUUUGUUUGUUUGUUUGUUUUUCAAGGGUUUCUCUGUGUGACCCUGGCUGUCCUGGAACUGGGUUUGUAGACCAGGCUGGCCUUGAACUCACAGAGAUCCACCUGUGUCUGCCUCCCUAGUUCUGGGGCUAAAGAG